AGGAAUACCAUCUUCCUCACGACCAUUUUCGCCGGCGCCUUCGUUACCAAUAUCGCAUUCGACACAGCUGCGAACGGAAUCUGGGACCAAAUAAACAAGGGCCGACAAUGGAAAGACAUCAAGCACAAGUAUAUGGACUCGGGAGAGGCUGAGGAGGAUGACGAAUAG